CAUUUUUUCGGAGAUUGUCGACUUUCUCUUUAUUUAACACCUAAGAUUUUGGGUAUCCAGAGCAUAGAAGUGCGCCUUGAGGCUCUCGUUCUGCUAUGGCUUCCGCGGAUAAAUAUGACAUUGUCAUCGUUGGCGCAGGUCCGGUUGGCCUGAUGCUAAGUACAUGCCUUGCGAGGUGGGGUUACAAGAUCAAGCAUAUCGACAACAGGCCGGAACCAACAGCCACCGGACGUGCCGAUGGCAUUCAACCGCGAUCCCUUGACCUUUUACGGAAUAUGGGCUUAAAACGAGCCAUAAUGGCCCAUCAUCCGGCGAAGGUGUACGAGGUUGCGUUUUGGGACCCGGCCGCAGGCAACCAGGGGAUCCAUCGAACAGGGACUUGGGCAAGUUGCCCGAAGUUCAUUGACGCGAGAUACCCGUUCACAACGCUGUUGCAUCAAGGACACAUCGAGCAAGCGUUCAUCGGGGACAUGGAAACGAAUGGAACAUCGGUCCAGAGACCGUGGACAAUCACCGAUUUCGAGAACGAUGGGCACGACCCGACUUAUCCGGUGUCCGUAACAAUCCAGCAUGUCGAUGGAGAGCAGAAGGGCAAGGAGACGGUUCGUGCGAAGUAUCUUUUCAGCGGAGAAGGGGCUCGGAGCUUCAUUCGAGAGCGGCUUGGCGUGAAGAUGGACUUUGGGGACCCCAUCUCCAAUGUAUGGGGCGUCAUGGAUGGUGUGGUGCGGACUAACUUCCCCGACAUCAAGAUGAAAUGUACGAUCCACUCAGAUGCCGGUUCGAUCAUGGUCAUUCCAAGGGAGGACAACAUGGUCCGGCUGUACAUUCAGAUUGCCUCCUCAACAGAUCCGGACUUCAACCCUCGGAAAACGGCGACGGAGAAAGAGGUGCAAGAAAAAGCGAAACAGAUCUUGAAACCCUACUACCUCGAGUGGGAUAGCGUCGAGUGGUACUCGGUGUACCCUAUUGGACAAGGCAUCGCAUCAAAGUAUACACUUGACGAACGUGUCUUCCUCGGUGGUGACUGCUGCCACACGCAUAGCCCAAAAGCCGGUCAAGGGAUGAACACCGCAUUUCUGGACGCGGCGAACCUCGCCUGGAAGAUCCACCACGUCGAAUCCGACUUCUCCCCCCGGUCCAUCCUUUCCACCUACGAGCCCGAAAGGAAAUCCGUAGCGCAGAACCUGCUUUCAUUCGAUGCCAAAUACGCCAAGCUAUUCUCAACACGACCUCCCACCGCGGGCGAAAUCGGCUCGGCCCACCAGGCCAGCGAGCUGGAGGAGAACGACUUCGUCAAGACAUUCAAAGCCGGCUGCGAGUUUACUAGCGGAUACGGUGUUGCGUAUGGCUCCAAUGUCUUCAACUGGUGUCCGAGCCACUCAGCCAAAUCCCACCUUUUCCUCCGCCACCCUGAGGCGACCACCCUGCGAACUGGCCGCAUUCUGAUCCCAUCGACAGUGACUCGCGUGGCCGAUGCCAACGAGGUGCACCUCGAGCAGGAGAUCCCGCUCAACGGGUCGUACCGGAUCUAUAUCUUCGGCGGCAAACCCUACCGCGACUCCAGCAAUGCCCCCAGCUCCUCCGUCCGCGCCCUCCAGUCCCUCGCGCAAUACCUCGCCCACCCGAAGUCCUUCUACCAGCGCUUCUCCUUCCUGCCUAGCCACCGGGUCUCCCACCACGAACCACACAACGUCCACUCGGCGUUCUUCUCCAUCUGCACCAUCUUCUCGCUGCCGCGGCCGCGCAUCGCCGAGCGCAGGUCGACUCUUCUGGGGGCCGGGAAUCUCUUCGCCAGCUACAGGGACCACAUCUACGCGGACGAUGUCCCCGACAUUCGCGUGCCCGAGAGUUUAGCGGACGGCGCAGUGGGUGCGGCGCACGCCAAGAUGGGCUUUGGGGAUGACGGGGGCGUGGUCGUCGUUCGGCCGGACGGGUACGUGGGCUGUGUGGUGAAGCUUGUGGAAGGGUCGGGGACGGGAGAGGCGCUGGAGGAAUAUUUCAAAGCCUUCACGACGGACGGGAAAGCGCAGUUGCGACCGAAUUUGUAGGAUAUGAUUUGAUACAUUUAAGCAGCCGGGUACGGGUCAAUAAGCCAAUAUCAUUUGCUUUAACUUUUCGCUCCGUUUCGAGGAAGCAUUGGUCUGCUAACGGAUGCGAUCCUCUCAGGCUUGUAGCACAUGUAGUUUCCAACGCCGAAUCAAGCUUCCGUGACGCCACGCAAUGCAAUCCAGGUCCCUGUUAGUUC